AUGCGCUUCGUACAGGCUCUUCGACGUUCGAUCAAAGGUGACAAGGACAAAGGACCAGUCACUCCCAAAUCGGCAGUCGCCAUUGUUCCUCCAAAGAAGGUCAUUCGAGCGCUUUACGAUUACGAGGCUCGAUCCAGCCAAGAACUCAGCUUUUCGAGAGGCGACUUUUUCCACGUUAUCGGCCGAGAAGACGAUGACGACUGGUACGAAGCAUGCAACCCAGCUCUUCCUGACGCUCGAGGUCUCGUGCCUGUCACCUUUUUCCAAGCCCUGGGCCGAACCGAGCGAGAUAGUGCGCAAUCCGAUGGUGGCCAACCUCCCAUCCCAACCAAGAACCCCGAUCAUGAUUCCGGAUACAGCGAAUCGCCAGCAAUGCAUCCUGCGCCAGCCGUAAUGUCACCCACUACCAAUGCUGCGUUUCAACCAGGUCAUCAGCGCAACUCUAAAUCAAUCGGAAAGUCGGGUGCGAUGGUCUACGGAAUUGUCAUGUACGACUUCGCCGCCGAAAGGGCAGACGAGUUGGAGGCCAAGGCUGGUGAGGCCAUUAUUGUCAUUGCCCAAUCGAAUCCCGAGUGGUUUGUCGCCAAGCCCAUAGGUCGACUGGGCGGUCCUGGAUUGAUUCCCGUUUCAUUCGUUGAAAUUCGUGAUAUGGCAAGCGAUAAAGCGAUUCAGAACCCGGGAGAUGCGAUUAAGCGUGCUGGUGUUCCCAAGGUGGAAGAAUGGAAGAAGAUGGCCGCCGAAUACAAGAACAGCAGCAUCACUUUGGGCAAGUUCGACUCAGGUGCUCCUGGUCAACCGGGACAAGGUAUUGAGCAAGGGAUGGAACGUAUGAGCAUCCAGCAACAGCAGCAUUCCCGACAACCUUCGCAAAACGGCACACCGCAAGGAUACGCCAGUCAGCCCCGAACGUCUCAACAGCAAUCACCUCAGCAAAGCCAAAUGCAAAAACCCGCGGCUCCUCUCCACGCACCCCUCGAAGCACGUAUACCACGAUACUGUUUUGCCGAGGACAAGUACUGGUUCGUUAUCGAAGCCGUGCUCGAAGAUGGACGACAAUGGGAGCUUUCUCGCUACUACGAGGACUUUUACGAUUUCCAGAUUGCUCUCCUCACCGAGUUCCCGGCCGAGGCUGGCAACACAGGUACACAGAAGCGUACUUUGCCAUACAUGCCCGGUCCUGUCAACUAUGUCACAGAUGCGAUCACCGAAGGACGACUGCAUAACCUGGAUGCCUACGUGAAGAACAUGCUCAACCAACCCCAUUACAUCUCGAGGUGUAACCUGGUGCGACAGUUCUUUGCGCCUCGCGAAGGAGAUUACGAAAUCGACCCCAACGACAAUGAAGAUGAAUACCGUCUGUCACAAGGCUCUCAAAUGUCAUCUGCAGAAUCUCCGGCUGGCGGGUCGCAGAACCAUCUGAAUGGUGGUGGAUAUGGGGCACUAGAGCACCCUGACAUGCACAGACAACCAUCUUCUUUGUCACAGCCUUCACAAGCCUCACUAGGCGGUGCAGGCAUGCAGCCUCCCGCACAACCAGCAUCCGCUAUGAAGAUUAAGAUGUACUUCAAUGGUGAUCUCAUCGCCAUUCGUGUACCAACCGAUAUCUCAUUCCAGGCUCUCUACGACAAGAUCUGUGAUCGCCUGAAGGUUCCGGCCAAUGAGGAAGUCCAGCUCUUCUACAAGGAUGAACCUUCAGGAGAUAAGCUCAACAUGAUCAGCGACAACGAUCUGGAUUUUGCUCUUCAACGGAACGAGAAGCUUCUUCUCUAUGUGGAGGCCGUAUGA